GGCCGGCCUUGAAAGUGUAGUAGCUGUUGCGGUUAUAGUCCGAGAUUUUCUCGCCCUUCUUUUAUUUAUAUAUAUAUAUUCCUUGCCAUUUCAAAUAGGCUUCUCUCAGGGAGAGAGGAGAGAGGGAUUUCUAGUUGAGAGAGAUUUCCGGAUUAGAUAUCGGGCGUUUCCGAAAUUUUCUCGAGCUCUUCGGAAAAAGAAUUCUGGGUUUUUUGCACGUUAAAGUUUCUCAUCAUUUUGGUUUUUUUAGAUUCUCAGUUUUUUGGAGGUUUCUGGAGAUUUUAUUCGUUUUUCGUUAGAGAUUUGACGAUUUUGGUGUUUUGACUGCGAUUUGAAGGUUGUGAGGUCUUCUGCGGAGAAAUCGUGGUUUUUUUUUUCCUGUAUGUUUUGAUCGUUUUCUGCUGACAAAUUUGGGGAUUUCUUUAGUUUUUUAGUUUUUUUGCUGAGGAAUUUGGAGUUUCCCACAGAUUUUUUUUUUUUUUUUUCAUUUUCGGGUUGAGGUUUGAAGAAUCUGUAGAUUUUGAGAUAUACGGCGGAGAUUUGAAGGUUUUGAGGUUUUCUGCGGAGAAAUUCGGUGUUUACUGUAGGUUUUUAUUAUAUUCUGUUGAGAGAUUUGCGGAUUUCUGUAGAUUUGGGGCAUUUUUGAGGAAGUUUUUGGAGAUUUAUGUAGAUCUCUAGCUUUUUUGGAGGAAACGUUUGAAAUUUCUGGAGAUCUUGAUCUUAUCGGAGGAGUGAUUUGGCGGAUUCUGUUGUCAGUUUGUCUAGUGUUUGAAUCGGUGGUGGAAUGGUGGUUAAGAUGAUGAGAUGGCGGCCAUGGCCGCCUCUUAUUUCAAAGAAAUUCGAGGUCAAGCUUGUUCUUCUCAGGCUCGAAGGAUUUCCUCAUUUGGAGGAGGAGGCAGAGGGCGAAAAGAGGCUGCAGUCGGACAUGGCGAGGUUGAUGGUGGAGGUCCGAUGGAAAGGGCCGAAGCUCGCCUUGACCUCUUUGAGGCGGACGGUGAAGAGGAACUUCACCAAGGAAGAGGAUUUGAGGAGCAGUGGCAUUGUCGAAUGGAAUGAGGAGUUUCGGAACAUCUGUACCCUUUCAGCUUACAAGGAGGGUGUGUUCCAUCCAUGGGAGAUUACUCUCACGGUUUUGAAUGGAUUGACUCAAGGUUUGAAGAACAAAACCUCUGUUAUUGGAACAACUUCGUUGAACCUUGCAGAGUUUGUGUCUGUGGCUGAAGGAAAGGAUCUAGAAGUAAAUGUUCCUCUGCCUCUGCUGGACAGGACAGCGGAGCCUCAUCCAUCUAUUUGUCUAUCACUGAGCUUAUUGGAGUUGAGAACUGCCCUGGAAUCAUCAGGACCGGUGCAGAGAUCAAUAGUGCCUGUCCCAUUGUCGCCUCGCCCUGGUGACGCUCUCUCGGAAGAGAAAGAUGAGCUUUCCGCUCUCAAAGCUGGACUGAGAAAAGUAAAAAUACUCACAGAAUAUGUAUCAACUCGAAGAUCCAAAAAGCCAUGCCGGGAGGAUGAGGGUAGCGAUGGGAGGUGCUCUGGUAGGAGUGAGGAUGCUGAAUAUGCGUAUCCAUUUGACUCAGAUUCUCUUGAUGACUUUGAGGAAGGAGAAAUGGAGGAUGGCAAGGAGGAUUCUAGUUUUAGGAAGUCAUUCAGUUAUGGUACACUGGCUUCUGCAAACUGUGCGGGAGGGUCCUUUUACUCCGAAAUGAGAAUAAAUGGGGAAGAUGAGGAUUGGGUUUACUACAGCAACCGCAAAUCGGACGUUGGUUGUGUGCAUGUUGAGGAAACAACAUCAUCCAUCCCUGACCAUUCUCUGUUGCAGACUUCGAAACGAAGCAUCCUUUCUUGGAGAAAGAGGAAGCUCAGCUUCAGAUCUCCUAAAGCAAAAGGGGAGCCUCUAUUAAAGAAAGCUUAUGGGGAAGAAGGCGGUGAUGACAUCGACUUUGAUCGCCGGCAGCUGACAUCAUCUGAUGAAUCUCUUGCCUUAGGGUGGUAUAAGGCUGAUGAUGAUGCAGCUGGAAACCGGUCGUCGGUUUCUGAAUUUGGAGAUGACAACUUUGCCGUGGGCAGUUGGGAGCAGAAGGAGCUGAUAAGCCGCGACGGGCACUUGAAGCUCUGCACCCAAGUGUUCUUUGCAUCCAUUGAUCAGCGAAGUGAGCGGGCUGCUGGCGAGAGUGCUUGCACCGCCCUGGUUGCUGUCAUUGCCGAUUGGUUCCAAGCCAACAAAGACGAGAUGCCCAUCAAGUCCCAGUUUGACAGCCUGAUCAGAGAGGGCUCGCUCGAGUGGAGAAAUCUCUGCGAGAAUGAGACGUACAGGGAGCGGUUCCCGGACAAACACUUUGACCUCGAGACUGUCCUGCAGGCGAAGAUCCGCCCGCUCUCCGUUGUCCCUGAAAAGUCCUUUGUCGGGUUCUUCCAUCCAGAAGGCAUGGAUGACGGCUUUGACUUCCUACAUGGCGCAAUGUCCUUUGACAAUAUCUGGGAUGAGAUCAGCCGUGUGGGGUCGAGCUACCCCAUCGAUAGUGGCCCACACAUCUACAUUGUCAGCUGGAAUGACCACUUCUUCAUUCUCAAGGUUGAGCCUGAAGCUUACUACAUUCUGGACACACUGGGGGAGAGGCUAUAUGAAGGGUGCAACCAGGCAUACAUCUUGAAGUUUGACAGGGACACAUUGAUCCACAGAUUACCGAAUGAAGGGAAGCCAGACGAGAAGGGCAAACCUGCCACAUCUGAUCGCCAGGUGGCUGUUGUGGAACCUGUGAAUGUGUCCACCCAACCAAAAAUGAAGGAGGCGCCAGUGGCCACAAGCACAUCAGGAAAGCUGGAAGGGACGGGAAAUGGAGAUGGAGAAGAGGAGGUAUUGGUGUGCAAAGGGAAGGAGUCCUGCAAAGAGUACAUCAAGAGCUUCCUGGCUGCGAUUCCCAUACGGGAAUUGCAGGUUGAUAUUAAGAAGGGCCUGAUGGCUUCGACACCACUCCAUCACCGCCUACAGAUUGAGUUUCAAUUCACAGAGUUGUCUCAGCCAAUGAUGAUGGUUGCAUCUCCCACAGUGGAGGCUGCUGCGACGGAAACCACGGUGGAGGAUUGAAGAGUUGUAUAGGUCGUAGGUAUGUGUGAUUAUCUUUGUUGCGUUUGGGUUUUUGCUUUUUUAGGUUUUAAUCUCUAAUCAUCUGAGAGACGAAUGGGGGGAAAAUAGCUACAGAGGGUAGUGCCCAUUUAUAGUGUGUGGUUUUUGGAGGCAGAGCUGUGUGUGUGUGUGUGGUGUAGUGGGAUCUUUGAAAAAUGUUCUGAUCCUGACUUUGGUCUUUUUGCGGGUUUCUUGUAAAUGACUGUUGAUUCAAGUUACCAGGUUUUUUUUUUUUUUCCUUUCCUUUUCCUUUUCUUCUUCUAAUGCAUGUGUUUGGAUUCGCAGAAUAUGCUUUUUUCCCGGGAGAUGCUAUUUUAAGAUAACUGUUGAAAAGGAAAUGACGUUUUU